CCUUCGUCUCCUCUCCUCUCUCCUCUCUCUUCCCAAACCCUCCUCCUCUCACCGCCGGCGGCGGCGGCGCGCUCUCCCGGAUGGCUCUCAUCGCCGGCUCCUACGAGCGCUUCAUCUGGGGCUUCUCCCUCAAAACCCUAACCUCCUCCUCCGCCUCCGCGUCGUCGUCGGAAACCCUAGCCCUCGCGCCGCUCUUCUCCUACCCGGCCCACGCGGGGCCCAUCCGCUGCGCCGCCGCGGCGGCGCGCGCGGGGCUCGCGGCGUCGGGCGGCUCCGACGACACCGUCCGCCUCUACGACCUCCCCGCCGCCGCCGACCUCGGCCCGCUCCUCGACCCCGCCGCGCCGGUCUCCGCCCUCGCCAUCCACUCCCUCGGCCCCGUCCCGCGCAACCUCCUCGCCGCCUCCGACGACGGCCUCCUCCACCUCUACGACGCCGGCGAGGGGUUCCCGCUCCUCGCCUCGCUCCGCGUCUUCCCGCGCCACCGCGAGCCCGCCGACGCCCUCGCCGUGCACCCCACGGGGCGUGUCGCGCUCGCCGUCGGCCGCUCGGGGGGCCUCGCCAUGCUCAACCUCCUCCGCGGCCGCCGCAGCUUCUCCUGCCGCCUCGAGCACCCGGCCACGGCGAUCGCCUACGCCGAGGAUGGCGCCGGUGGGGACCGCUUCGUGAUGGCCGCCGAGGAGAAGGUGACCGUGCACGACUCCGAGGAUGCUAGGAUCAUCCAUGAGAUCGACUGCGGCAAAAGGGUGCUCGCCUUUGCGCCUGCAAAGGGAAUACUUUACACUGGAGGAGAGGAACGCGGUAUUACUGCUUGGGAUCUUUCCAGUGGCAAGGUUACAUCACGCAUUGAGGAUGCUCAUUCAACUCGUGUGAAAGGGAUUGUUGUCUUCGACGACAAGAACGAUGGAUCUGAACUGUGCAACCUAAUUGCUUCGGCCUCAUCAGAUGGUAUAAUAAGGAUCUGGGAUGCUCGGAUGAUUGCAAAAGAGAAGACUACUCCAUUAGCAGAGGCUAACACAAAAGCAAGGCUGACUUGUCUUGCGGGAUCAUCAUUGAAUUGAGCUAAGGAAAGCAGAAAUGAAGCGGACGUGGAGCUAAAUUGUUGAAUUGAGGCCGUGGUACCAAUUUUGUACUCUUUAGUUUUUAGUCUAGUCUCUAUAACAUAUUUGUGUUGGAGAAACAAACCGAGGAGCUCGAUGUAUGGGACAUGUAUGAUAGCCAUAAGUUAUGCAUCACCAUAGUCUGGCUUGAGGGCCUAAACUGCUUAAUGUUUAUGCAAGCGCAUGGUUCUAUUGUAUCACCAGUUUUCUAUACCAAAAUGUGCAGAUUGCAACAA